AUGUCCGACGUUAAAGGGUCGGCUAUUAAUGCGCUGGUGCGGGGGACUCCGCUAGCUGCUGCUGCUGCUGCAGCAGAGCAGCGCAACAGCAGCAGCAGCAGCAGCAGCAGUAAAAGUGGUGGAAAAAAGAGCCACCACCAUCAUAAGAAGCGUCGCCGCAGCAGCAAGCACAGUCGUCACCAUAGUAGCAGCAGCAGCAGCAGCAGCAGCAGCAGCAGCAGCAGCGAGGACGAGCAACAAGAAGAAUUACCUUUCUUUAUGAUGGAUGCAACUAUUCGUGCUGCUGUUGCAGAGAGGAAGAAGCAGCAAAAGCAGCAAAAGAAGCAGCAAAAGAAGCAGCAAAAAGCAGCAAAAAGAGCAGCAAAAAAAGAAGCAAAAAGAAUAAAAAAAUUAGAGAAAAAAAGAAAAAAAGAAGAAGCAGCUAAUAAUAAUAAUAAUAAUAAUAAUAGCAGCAGCAGCAGCAGCAGCAAAAAAAGGAAGAGAGAAAAGGAUAGCAGCAGCAGCAGCAGCAGCAGCGAUGAAGAGACCCACUCCCCACGCCCACAUAAAAAGAAGUACUGGGCUUGCAGGCGUGACAGAAUAGGUGUGGCGGCAGCAGCAGCAACAGCAGCAGCAACAGCAGCAGCAGCAGCAGCAGCGUAA